GUGCUCUGCCAUGCUGAGCAUCUCCCUCGCGCUCCUGCUGGCUCUGACCGCUCCCUUCCGCUGCGCCCACAGCUGGAGCGACGAGGACCUCCUGCUGCCGCCCAUCAACUCCUCCGGGAGACUCCUGGCCAGCCUGGAGGUGGAUGUGGGCUACUCCAAGAGAUCCGUGGAGGAGCCCGAAGCCUCCUCGCAGUGCAACGUGAGCGUGGAGAGGCUCCCCACCAAACUCGUGGCGCGCUGGGACAGCAACUUCGGCUUCCAGUGCGACGUGCUCAUGUACACCACGAACAGCCACGGCAAGGCGUUCUUCUCCGCCGCCUUCAACCGGGCGAUCUCGCCGGUCUACAUCGAGCACCUGGGCGUCACGGGCGGCCAGCAGGAGUUCAGACUGUGCGUGGGAUGCGGUCUGUCCCGGUACCGGAGAUUCCGACGGGGCAGGUCAGAGGGUCAGCAGACGGGUGACUCGGUGCACUUCUGCUGCGUGGACUUCGCUCUGGACGAGCUGAAGGGCGACCGGAGCUGGAGGCUCAACCGCAAGCCCAUCGAAUCCACUCUGGUGGCGUGUUUCAUGACUUUAGUCAUCAUAAUAUGGAGCGUCGCUGCCCUCAUAUGGCCAGUUCCCAUUAUCGCGGGAUUUCUGCCCAAUGGAAUGGAGCAGAGACGGCAGAGGUAAUAGAACAGUACAGGAUAGAAUUCAAAUUAGCAUCUGUAGGCUAAUAUAGGAUCCUAAACUAGUUGACUUGCCAAACAUCCUAUGCUUAGUGGCACACGUGUCAUACAUUUGCUUACUAACCGUACUAUUCUCGUGUUUGAAACUGCUAUUAUAGCUGCAUCUCCUGAUGGAUGGAGGUAUCUUAUUAGAUUUCAUUUGUUUUUAUAAAUGGAUUGUAAUAGAAAUACAUUAUAUCAUGUGAUAUUCAGAUGUCAUUUCAAAUGUUUGUAAUGUU